AUGAUGCUACCAGUGGUAAAUCCCACACCUGACCUCAUGGGAUGGGGUCGCAGUCAGAAUGCUUCCAGACAGAAGUGCUGUGUGGCCAUGUGGUACAUUUUUGGAGAUUUUAGCCCUGAUGAAUUCAAUCAGUUCUUUGUGACGCCUCGCUCCUCGGUUGAGCUUCCUCCCUACAGCGGAACGGUUCUGUGUGGCACGCAGGCCGCAGACGAACUCCCCGAUGGACAAGACUACCAGAGGAUUGAGUUUGGUGUUAAUGAAGUGACUGAGCCCAGUGGCACUGCGCCGAGACUCAGCUACAGUAUUUCCAGCACAUUGAACCCUCAGGCCCCUGAGUUCAUUCUUGGCUGCACGGCACCCAAAAAGACCCCCGAUGGAAUUGAUAGGGAUGCAAACCACAGCUCCGUCGACGGCCAGUACCCUGACUCUGCCCUCACUUUGGACGGCAGUCCCAGCGUGGAGGUGGAUGUCUUGGAGAAUGACGGAGGCUCGGGGGGUCUUGGACAGAGGGAGCGUAAAAAGAAGAAGAAGCGGCCGCCCGGAUAUUACAGUUACUUGAAAGAUGGCAGUGACAGUGCUAUUCCCACAGAAGCUCUGGUCAACGGCCACACCAAUUCUGCGGACCCCAGCAGUGUGGGCACAGACGACGCUGAGUUUGUGGGCGAUGUGCCCUCGUCGGUCACGCCUAGGACUUGUAAUAGCCCUCAGAACUCCACGGACUUUGUCAGGGACACUGUGCCUGAUGGCCCUUUCCCUGGAGCCCUUGACAGUGUGGCCAGGACUGCAGGGCAGCCUGGGGGGUGCCAUGGGACUGGUUUUGGACACUCCUGCCUCCCUGCCGAGAUGGGCAGAGGCAGCCUGUUAAGGACCGCUGUGGCUCAGCCCUACGUCGGUACCGAUACUACUGAAAACCUCGGAGUUGCUAACGGACAGAUACUUGAAUCCUCGGGGGAGGGCACAGCUGCCAACGGGGUGGAGCUGCACACCCUGGAGAGCACAGACUCAGACCCCAGGAAAGCAGGGAGCGCUUCACCGCCUGCCGACAGUGCGGCCUCUGCGGCGGGCGCCAGUCCUGGCAGCCAGCCCGCUAAGUCCUGGGCCAGUCUCUUUCACGAUUCUAAGCCCACCUCCUCCUCGCCCGUGGCCUAUGUGGAAACUAAGUACUCCCCUCCUGCCACAUCUCCCCUGGUCUCUGAAAAGCAGGCUGAAGUCAAAGAAGGGCCUGUUCCAGUCUCAGAGGAUCCCGUAGCCAUAAAGAUCGCAGAGUUACUGGAGAAUGUAACCCUAAUACAUAAGCCAGUGUCGCUGCAACCCCGCGGGCUGAUCAAUAAAGGAAACUGGUGCUACAUUAACGCUACACUGCAGGCUCUGGUGGCUUGCCCGCCGAUGUAUCACCUGAUGAAGUUCAUCCCUCUGUAUUCAAAAGUGCAAAGGCCUUGCACGUCAACACCUAUGAUUGAUAGCUUUGUCCGGCUGAUGAACGAGUUUACCAACAUGCCAGUACCUCCAAAACCCCGACAAGCUCUUGGGGAUAAAACGGUGAGGGAUAUCCGCCCUGGAGCUGCCUUCGAACCCACGUAUAUUUACAGACUCCUCACAGUCAUCAAGUCAAGCCUGUCCGAGAAGGGUCGACAGGAAGACGCUGAGGAGUACUUAGGCUUCAUUCUAAAUGGACUUCAUGAGGAAAUGUUGAACCUAAAGAAGCUUCUCUCACCAAGUAAUGAAAAACUUCCCGUUUCCAAUGGGCCCAAAAGCCACUCGGUAAGCGAGGAAGAGCAGGAAGAACAGGGUGCAGGCAGUGAGGAGGAGUGGGAGCAGGUGGGCCCCAGGAACAAGUCGUCCGUCACCCGCCAGGCAGAGUUCGUCCAGACGCCCAUCACCGGCAUUUUUGGUGGGCACAUCAGAUCCGUGGUGUACCAGCAGAGUUCAAAAGAAUCCGCCACCCUGCAGCCGUUUUUCACGCUGCAGCUGGACAUCCAGUCUGACAAGAUCCGCACAGUCCAGGAUGCACUGGAGAGCCUGGUGGCAAGGGAGUCUGUGCAGGGCUACACCACCAAAACCAAGCAGGAGGUGGAGAUAAGUCGAAGAGUGACUCUGGAAAAACUCCCUCCUGUUCUCGUGCUGCACCUGAAGCGAUUUGUUUACGAGAAGACUGGUGGAUGUCAGAAGCUUAUCAAAAAUAUCGAAUACCCUGUGGACUUGGAAAUUAGUAAAGAACUGCUUUCUCCAGGGGUUAAAAAUAAGAAUUUCAAAUGCCACAGAACUUAUAGAUUAUUUGCAGUGGUCUACCAUCACGGCAGCAGCGCGACGGGCGGCCAUUACACCACGGACGUCUUCCAGAUCGGCCUCAACGGGUGGCUGCGCAUCGACGACCAGACGGUGCGGGCGGUCAGCCAGCACCAGGUGGUGAAGCCGGCGGCGGAGCGCGCGGCCUACCUCCUGUACUACCGCCGCGUGAACCUGCUGUAGCCCGGCGCCGCCGCCCCUGCCCGCUUGUACGCCUCCGGCUCGCACUCACUUCCUGCCGCGCUCGUGGCUCUUUAGAGAGAAACUUCUCCCCUUUGCAGAAAUGGGUUAGAAACAAAAAGGAGACGCCCUGGGGUUUGUGCGCAACACGGCUCGUGUCGACUUCCAACUUCCAAAUCAGAGGCAUCUGGAAACAGACUGUCGCUCGAGUUAAGAUACACAAAACCCGUGUUUCCGAAAUGAUGCUCAUUCCUGAAAUAGAAAGGACAGCUCGCUUUUGAGUCCCAGUCUCAUUGCUUAGUACAGUAAACCCCGUGCCAGCAGCAACACUUGUAAAUUUGUGAAAAUGAAUUUUAUCUUUCCUUAAGAAAUAAAUUUUUUAGUCCAUCACACUUUCCUCCCCACCCUUUAGUUUUUGAUAAAUGAUAAAAAUGAGCAAGUUAUCAGAGAAGAAAUAGUUCUUACUUCAAGGAAGAAAUGAAAACAAAAAAUAAGUUGCUGGUUCCUAACAAGAGAAAGACAUUUUAAUAAUUGUGCGAUGAGAAACUGCUUCUGCACGCACUGCAGGCCUGUCCGCGUUACGACGUCAGCCUACGUAGGAUGGGCGAUUGUAGCUGUUGCCAUUCCGAGAUGUCCAACUGCACUCAGCCUCUGUGCACAUAGUGAGAAAUGGGCAAACUGACGAAGACUGGUAUUUCUCUACUGCUCUGUCCGCUCUCCUGUGACGCCGCAUCCCUCAUUGUACACGGUGUAGUGGUACCUAGGAGUUCACAGUUGUCGCCCAUCAAUAAAAACCACCGCGUUGGUUUAAAGCUA